AUGAGUGUGAUCAGUGACGAAGGUGAAAUGGAUUUAGAGAAGUGUGUAGAGACGUAUGAAGAGGAGGAAAUAGAAUUACCAGAGGACAGUACUAGUGGAAAGUUGGUAUACUUCCUUGUCCCAUAUUUCUUCGAGAAAACAUGGAUAUCCGACAUUGUCGCUUCCCUUUCAGCUGCAUAUGGUGCAUCAUUGGUACGGUUAGCGUACUUUAGUCUGCGAGAUUUUUAUGAUGUUUCUUUUGAAACAAAACUUUCAGACAUAUUUUCUCCCUUAUGGAUGAUCAUUCAUUACUUCCUAUGCUUUACGUUUUCUUUUUGGAACUUCAUCGACAAUAGGAAAAAGGUUAAGAUUGAGACCAAAGUGCUCCAACAAUUAUUGAAGGAAGUGGCUGAAAUAGACCUGACCGGGGAUCCAGUAGCUUGGCAAAGAAUUGCAUCUAGAGUUAAUCACUUUUCUGAAGAGACAGGAUAUCGGUAUUCCCUUUUUUGCAGUGGGGAGCAUUGUAUGCACUUUUUUGUGAGAGAAAUCGUAAAACCAAUAGAAUGUCAGACCUACGACAUCCAAUGUUAUUGCGAAGGAGAAAUGUACAGGAAUUUUUGGAAAAAUCCACCAAAUAAGGUGCUAACUGAGAGAGCACUUGCGAAUUAUAACAAAAGCGUCGAGAAUUUUGGUGAAUUGUUACAUACGGCAGAAAAAGAUGGAUGUAGAGAUGAUACUUUCGAGAAGUUUCAUAGUAUUUUCAACACCUCAAUGUUUUACUUGGUGAUAAUAGAAUUAGCGCUCACUGUGGUUAUGAUGCUGGCCUUCAUUAUCUCGAUGAUUUCUUAUGCCAUUUUUCGCUACCCCUCAAUAGUAUGUUUAUCAUAA